AUGCCCAAAGGAUUCCUGGUAAAAAGAAACAAGAAAUCUACACAUAUUUCCUACAGGACUCGGUCAGAUGAAGAUGACCUCCAGGAGCAACCCACCCCAGCUGCCUUUCCGAGUUAUGUGGACCCCUCUCCGCCGUUGUCCGUGGCGUCCAGUCCAGACCGCUUCGCAGCCUCUCCGGAUUUCAGAGCAGCCGACGUGCCUGUGCCAAGACUGGAGAAGCCGGUACAGUUCGGCAACCCAGAGGCGGUGUGCCAAGCCCUCUACAGCCCCACCCGGCCCACCAGCAAGGAGCACGACAGGGGAUAUUUUGAGCGAAGUUUCAAUCUGGGCUCGCCGAUUUCUGCCGAGUCAUUCCCGACACCUGCCUCCCUCUCCGGCCUGGACCACCUCCUGUACGCCCCGGUCGACCUGAAAAUCGGCACCAGCAACAGCAGCCGCAGCGGCACCACCAGCAGCAGCCUCCCCGCACCGAGCAACCGGGUGGGCACCAAAAGAGCCGCAGCUGACGGUACAGAGCGCAAAUCUAAACCCGCCUCCAAGAAACCAAAAGCCAUUAGGAAACUCAACUUUGAAGACGAGAUGACGACUUCUCCCGUGCUUGGUCUCAAAAUCAAAGAGGGGCCGGUGGAGAUGAAGCCGAGGUCGCAGUCCGGAGGAAACAAGCCUCUCGGGGAGUUUGUGUGUCAGCUGUGCAAGGAGGCGUACGUGGACCCCUUCUCUCUGGCUCAGCAUAAGUGCUCCCGCAUCGUCAGGGUCGAGUACCGGUGUCCCGAGUGCGACAAGAUGUUCAGCUGCCCGGCCAAUCUCGCCUCUCAUCGCCGCUGGCACAAACCCCGGACCACCGGCGCACCGGCGAUGCCACCGGCACAGGGCAUCAAACCCGAAAUGGCCAAAAUGCCACCGAUAGGUGUCAAGUCAGUCACCGACGAAGCCAAAGACAUGAGUGACAGAGAAACCCCGAGCCCAGUUCUGUCCGAGUCGGGCUCUGAAGAUGGCUUAUAUGACUGCCAGUACUGCGGGAAGAGGUUUAAGCGACAGGCAUACCUAAGAAAACACAUCAUGGCACACCAGGCUUUGCAAAAGAAAGUGUUGGAGGAGCACGGGUUUCAAACCGGCGACCGCCCGGCAGAGCAGACUCCGGUCUUAUCCUCCUCUUCCUCCUCCUCCUCCUCCUCCUCCUCAGCAUCAUCAUCAUCAUCAUCAUCAUCCUCAGAGGAAGCCUCAAACCAAAGCCCUCUCAAUCUGAGCCCGGUGGACUGCCUGCUGUGCCCGGUGUGCGGGGAGAGUUUCACCAGCAGGGCCGGCCAGGAGAGACACCUGCGCCUCAUGCACUCCUCCCAGAUUUACCCGUGCAAAUACUGCCCCGCCACUCUCUACAGCUCGCCGGGGCUCACCAGGCACAUAAAUAAGUGCCACCCUUCGGAGAACAGGCAGGUGAUCCUGCUCCAGAUGCCGGUGCGCCCCGCCUGCUAA